AUGGCCGGAGCUGUCAUUGAAAAUUUAAGCAAUCGCAAGUUAUUUUUCAUAUUAAUUGGUUUAUUAUGCGUCCAAGUCCUAUUCUUCCUUGUUGGAGCGUGGUAUGCUCCUGCGCCAUCAACUUAUAUGGAAUUUGAAAUGAUAAAAUGUCACGAUCCUUCAAAAGGUACUACCAAUGAAUGGUUUCACAGAGACAAUUGCAAGCUAAUAGACGAUCUUUCCCAAUUUACUCCAACUUCAUUCGACAUGAGGGAAAUUGUAUUUGUCGCACGAAUGCCACACAUUAGAAGCGGUAUUGAAUUGGAAUACUCGCCUUGGUUCCAAUUUCUGCUCGGAGUGCUGCACGUUGAUGUUGAAUAUAGUGAACAUUUCAAAUAUGUUGCCCAUGCGCCACUAUCAUUAGAAGUUCGAAUGGGUUACCGGACAAAAGAAUCAUCAAAAAAUGAUUGGAAUGAAUUAAGCAAUACCAAUGUGUCUCGAAUUCUUGAAUGCACAAUUUCUGAGCAAGACAAGAAAGAUGGCAAUUCUUACGAUUGUGAAACAAUGGAUCUUUUCGAGUUUGGAUCGAGCAGUUACCCAUUUUAUCUCAUAAAUAUUCGAAUCCCAAUUAAUCAAGCUGCAUGCAGAUACAAUCCAUCAAGUCCAAAUUGUCAAAUCGGGAAAAUUAACGAGCUUCGACUGAUAGAGAUUCACCAAAAUGGAGGGUUCACACUUGUUUGGCUUUGGAUGAAAACCUUGCUCACUCCAGUAAUGAUCGCAAGUAUUUGGUGGUACUGGAAAAGGGUUUAUCAUUUGGCCAGACACCCAUUACUUCUGGAAAAGGCCAUUUUGUUGCUUGGCGUGAGUGUUGCUAUUCUCGACUUUCCAAUUGAAUGGAUUUCAUUAGUAUUCCGCGUUCCUUUCCUUCUAUUAAUUUCGGACUUGCGUCAAGGCCUUUUUUAUACAGUUCUGCUCUCAUUUUGGUUAAUUUUUGCUGGAGAGCACCUCAUCGACGACACUACUAGAAAUAAUAUUAUGUCGUAUCGCUUAAAUUUGGCAUUUAUCGCAAUUGCUUCUGGAGCACUUUUAAUUUAUGAUCUCAUCGAACGCGGAAUUCAGCUUUACAAUCCGUUUUACAGUGUGUGGGCUUCGGAAGUUGGAACUAAAAUUGCGUACCUUGCCAUAUUUAUCGGAGCCGUCUGUAGUUGUAUAUAUUUUGCCUUUUUAUUCUACAAAAUUUUCAAAGUGUGGACGACGAUUCGCCGCAAACGUUCUGCGCAACUUUAUCAGAACAAUGAAAAUCGCCGACUAAAAGUUGAAGGAAUUAUUUAUCGCUUCAAAUUUCUUAUGGUUUUUACACUUUUGUGCGCUCUCUGCACAAUUGUCGCAUAUUUUAUGAAGCAGGUUGGAGAAGCUCAACUACACGGCGAUGAAGCUGGAGACGGAUUCUUAACAGGCAGCACGUCGGCCUUCUUCACUGGAGCUUUUGGAAUGUGCAAUAUCUAUGUUUUACUUCUCUUAGCGAUGUAUGCACCAUCGCAUAAACAUUAUAGAGGGGCGACACAGCUAAUUGAUGAGGACGACGAGGAUGACAUCGUCGUCGACGGUUCUGCUACGGAAUCCAAUGCGAUGACGACGUUCCUGAAACCGAACACCGACUAA